CACCUAUACCCGGGUUACGUCGCGUCGUGUUUGAUUUUUGGAUAAAUUUGGCAAAAUUAAGGGGUUUUCGUUAGGUUGAAGUUGGAAUUAGGGUUAUAUUUUGAUGCCUUGUUAAUUUGCCGGUCCUUAUGGAACGAAAAUAGGGUUUUAUUUGUUGUUUCUGAAGGGUAAAAUCUAGUGCGAUCCGGUUUUAAAAGGAAGGAAGGUCGCUUGAUGGAGGAGCAACAGGUAGAGAUGAGUUCAGGAGUAUGUCCCUUCACGCUCACCAAGAAUCUCCUGUAUCACACCCUCCUGACGGGGGUGCUGCUUGUGGUGGCAGUAACUCAGGGCAUCUUUCUUGACGUCUACAUCAUCAGCAAUGACCACACAGCCAUCGUCAACUACUUCUGGCUUAUCCCAGACUUUCUGAUGGUGUUUGGGUUCGUGGCUGCCAUGUCAUCAGGCUACAGAAACUGCAAGCUGGAGCAGCACCCGCCCAACGUCAAUGUGGAAGGCAAACGGAAGGAGGAGGGCACCAGGUGGCGGAAAGUGGAAGUUAUUCUAGGCAAGCAUGCCAUGCCCUUUUAUGUCUGGAUGGUUUACUCUGUGCUGCUGGUGGCCAAAGUGGUCAUCAUCUUCAAGUCGGAGAUCCCCAACAAGAUCGAUACUACGGAUGCUCUGAGCCCUCAGCUGCUCAAGAUUGUUCUGUCGCUGUCAUGCAUUGUGUUUGCACUCCUCGUUGAAGGCCAGGCGACGGUUGGAGCCAGCUCUGAAAGGGAGACAUACAUUAGGUCACUUGCACAAGGGACUGCAAUGGAGAUACUAGACUCGGUUACAUUCAUAUCACUUUUAAUACAGUCAGAAUCAGGAUUUCUCUUCCCAGACUUUAUGGAAAACAUCAUCAUUGCAUUUUCAUGUAUAAACUUCUUCCUACCUGGGAUAGCUUUGGUGAAACUGAGUCGUAGUAAUUAUGGCAGCAGUGCUAUUUGUCUAGUGUCCUCUAUUGUUUACAAAAUGAGUCACCUGUGGCUGAUCAACUUCUCAUAUUUUAUCAUCCGAGUCCACCUGUGGGCUGGCUUAUCAAUAUCAGUGUCGCCCUUCAUCGUUAAAAACCUGUGCAACAUGUUCGUCACCAUGAAGUCUGUCUGGGGAGACCUGAAGCAGUUAAAAGUUGUUGUGCACAACUACACGAAUCGUAAGAGGCGAGUGCAUGGCAACACAGGGGUCACACCAGUUGUCGACCUGAAUACUGGAAAUGGCAGUUCGGAGUGGAUGCAAGCGGGAAGUGACAGGUUUGAGGAGAUUGAUCUGAAGAGUGACAUACCACGUAGUAAUACUGACGUGGUUGAUAAGUAACUACAUAACUUUUUAAUUUUUUUUUUAACCUUUGAUUUAUUUUUUCAAACCACAAAGGCUGUGAUGAUAGAUAGAAUCUGAUAAAUGUGUUAAGAGUUAUGCAAACAUAUCAGAAGAAUUCCUUGGUAAGUGUUUUCUCAUGCAUGAUACUGAUUUAUAAUCAAAAUUAAUGGUUAUAAGGAUUUACCUGAUACUUGCAGUGAUAUUUCAAAAUAUGGAGAUGGAAGUGUACGAGUACAAGACUCAAGCUUUAUUAUAGCAAAAGGAUAAUUGAUUAUUAAAUUGACUCUGUUGCAAAGGCUGGUACGACUACUACUGUUAUUACUGUUGCUGCUACUACUACUUAAUACAACUAUUACUUACUAUGACUACUCCCUACUACAAAUACUACUUAUUACAAAUGCUACUUACUAUGAUCACUACGACUACUACUAAAACAAUAACUACUACUAUUACUACUACUACUGUUACUUCUACUAUUACUUACUACAACAAAGACUACUACACCUAUUAUUAUUAAUAUUACUACUACACCAACAUCAACACUGCUACUGCUAUGCAACUUAACAACUUUUGUCUUGGCACAAAUACAAUUUCUUUCCUCGCUGUAUUGUCUUUAUGUAUAAUGUGGGAUGUCUAUAAUUAUUAGCAAAAGUAAGUUUACAUAAUAUUGUAUGUUUUGUGUUUGUUAUAUAAUAUAUUUUAUGAAGGGAACCAUACUGUUUACAUUUACUCUGCAAAGAAAUAGAAAUGAUUUGUCAUCUCUCACUGAAUGUCGAUCCAAAUAUUUUGAAAUCUCAGGAAAUAAUCUCAAUUUUUGUGUGAUAUUUUUUUGUUUUUGUUUUACUUGUGUUUGUCUGCUUUAUUUAUUAUGAUUUUGUGCUUACCUUUAUUUUCUCAGGCAAAAAAAAAAAAAAAAGGAAAAGUAAUAUGUAUUGCUUUUUAAGCUUUUUUUUAUGUUGUUUUUUUCUGUAUUUUUAUCUUAUUAUUUUAUUAGUUCUUGAAUGAAUGGGAAUACUAUAAUGCUACAAUAAUCAGUUCCUUUAACUUCUAAAAUUCUCUCUCUCUCUCUCUCUCUCUCUCUCUCUCUCUCUCUCUCUCUCUCUCUCUCUCUCUCUCUCUCUCUCUCUCUCUCUCUCUCUCUCUCUCUCUCUCUCUCUCUCUCUCUCUCUCUCUCUCUCUCUCUCUCUCUCUCUCUCUCUCUCUCUCUCUCUCUGUAUCUAGAUGACAGUAUGGCACUUUGUGUGAAUAUUGCAUAUGUUGAAUAAAAACAAUUUUUAUAUUUCUUAUUGUAUUUAUUUAUUUGUCAGUUUAUUUAACAGAAAGGAAAAAAAAGUAUGUUGGAUCCUGAAAUAAAUUUGAUGAUUGAUUCUAGGUAAAUUAUUUUUCAUUCUUUACUCUGUAACUUGCACAAAGAAUUGGAAAUCUUUACAGUUAACUUCUAAGCAUACAUUACCAAUAUAUAAAGGUCCUGCAUCCUGUCCUGUUUUAUUUAAGGUUAGGUUUUUAAAAAAUUCAACUGCUGGUAACCUUAUUAUAUAAUAAUAUUACUUCCCAUUCUAUAUGCACUCCCCCCCCCUCUCACUUUCAUUUUCUUUCUCUCUCCCCUCCCCUUCCCUUCCCUUCCCUUCCCUUCCCUUCCCUUCCCUUCCC